GAAAUUCGACAACACCGCAAACCGUGACCUUGAACGAUAUCACAUUCCAUAGUUUCAAAAACAAUAACAACAGUACACGUGCAUGCAGCUUUCAUAGUUCGGUUCAAAUUUUGAAAGAAAUUCCAUUUUCUUGUAAAAAUUAGCUGAAAUGUAGCGUUUAAUUUACGCAAUGUCGAUGGUUAAGGAUAAUCGUUAUCUUGUAGAGUCUAAAUUCAUAAAAACCGAUGUCACUGCCAUUGAAAUCAUCAAGAAUUACAUACUCGCAGGUAUUGGAAAUAUCAUACAGGUAUUCGAUAUCUCAACUCUGCGAUGCUGUUACAGUCAAAAAGUAAUCAACGAUCAUCGAGUUCAUGGAAUCCGUUUACAUCGUGGAACCGAUAAAAUAGCAUUUUUUGGAAACCGAGUUGUAGUAAUAGGCAGUAUUAAUUUGACGGAUAAACCAAACAUAUCUAUCGAUGUAGAAUGGGUUGUUGGCGAUUGGGUGUGGGAUUUAUGUUGGACGAAGAAUCGAGGCGAAGUUCUAGUUUUAACAGCUAACAACGUAUUGACUUUAUGGAAUUGGGAAAAUCAACAAAGUAUCAAGACUUCGAUAUGUCAAAGCAAAUGUUUACUAUAUUGCGGACUAAUACUGGGAGACGAUUGGGAAAACUGUAUGAUAAUUUGUGGUACGAUGUUCGAAAGUAUUAUUAUAUGGGCUCCAUCAUUGAAUGAAAAUGGUACCUGUAAAAUAAUUCAUAAGCUAACCGGGCACCAAGGUGCCAUAUUUUCAGUAUUUUACAACGAGAAAUCAAACCGUAUUAGUUCCACUUCUGAUGACAGAUCGGUUAAAGUAUGGCAAGUGAAAUUUACCAGUUCCAGUGAUAAAAUCGUUGACAAAUGGAAAAAUGCAAAAAUUACCUUAUCUCACACCAUUUUCGGCCAUUUAUCCAGAGUCUGGAAAUCUUACAUUUUGAACGAUGCUCGCCUUGUAACAGCAGGUGAAGAUAGUCAAUUGAGGAUUUGGAAUGAGCAUGGUUCAGCUUUGUAUCAUUGGGAAACUCAUCAAGGUGCUUCUAUACGAUGUCUGUGCGUGGACGAGUCCAGUAAUUUGAUCGUUACCGGAAGUAAAGAUGGUGGAAUAUCUUUAUGGCCUUUAUCGGCGAAUUACUCUCAACAGAAUCUUCACUGUACUGAAAUCAAAUUCAAGGAUUCUUUUAUUACCGUAUGCAUGCAGGAUGUGCCACGUCGUUUAAUUCUAACUCGAUCGAAAAAGCUAUUAACGGUUAUUAAUAAAGGAAUGGUGUUGAUACAUCAUGACGGCAAAUGGGAUUGCUUAGUUACUGAUAUAAGAUUCGCUAGCUAUUGUUUGUUUGACAUUUCGAACGAUAGAGACUGUAUUAGUAUGGCCUCUAUUUGCGGGACUGUGGUAUUACUCAAAGAAUUUCCGGAAACUGGCGACAUUCGAGUGAUUUUCGAUGGAAAGAUUUGCGCUGGUAGGAUAUAUUCGUUACAUUGGUUAUCGAAGGAGUCAUUUAUAACGUGUUCGGAAGAAGGACGAUUGGAAAUUUGGUGCAUAGAUUUUGGUACAAAGUCGGUCACAAAACUCCACGAAUUCAUUUUACCUCCUUGUAAAGAACGUUGGCUCACAUCAGCGGUUUCUUGUGACGAGUGUUACGUCAUGGGCGACAGAGAUGGAAGUGUUCAUUGUUAUUCAAAGACUCAAACAGAUCAGUCUUCGCCUCUUCAAUCAUUCCGCAAAAUUCAUGGAAGACUGGGUGUCAGCUUUAUAUAUUUUAAUCCCGAUGGCGAACUGUGUUCUAUCGGCAGAGAUGGCUUCAUACGUUACUGGAAUGUGGUGGGAAAAAGCAUCGAACACGUGGCCUCUGAUAAAUUACCUGUAAAGUGGCCUACUCGUGUAAUCCAUUCGGAAGAUUUCGGAUUAUUAGUUUUAGGGUUCAAUGAGGUUUAUUUUGAGAUUUGGAAUAUCACCGAACGUAAGCAGCUUAUGAUGUAUAAAUGCGGAGGUGGUCAUCGUCCUUGGGAUUUUAGUAUCGAUGAUUUUCUACGAUUCGUGUACAUCAAAGAGAAAAUUAUAUACAAUGUGGUUAUACCUUUAGAUCAACUCGUUAAACCAUCCUGUCUGGAAGGAUUUCAUAUCCGAGAAGUAGAUUGCGUUCGUUAUCUGGAUAAAGAUUUAAUUAUAUCUGGCAGUGAAGAUACGACGAUGCGAUUGUCGUACCUGAGAAAUACCACAUUUACUCCAAUUUCUAUAAUUCGAAGUCAUUUAUCCAGUGUGAGAACAAUAUCAUUUAUGAAAUAUGAUAAUUUCCACAUCGUUGUUUCUGGUGGAGGCCGAGCUCAAUUAAAAAUUUGGAAAAUUUACAAAAAUCAUAAAGGAAUAGUCAAAUAUAACGAGUUAGCUUCGCAUAUGCUACGAUCCGGUAGCAAGAGUCGUAAACCGUGGAGAAACAUGAUCUACACUUUUGAAUUGGAACCUCGUCAUAUGGAUUCCAAAAUACGUCGUGUCGAUGACGAUAAUCUCGUUAUAUAUACCGCUGGAUCUGAUGCAUUUUGGAGAAUUUUCUCGUUUUCGUUAACGUCAAAAGUUCUCAAACUGGAAAAAGAAGUGGAUUACUCGAGUCACUGUAUUUUGAAAAUAAUCUACCUCGAGUGGUCCGGAGCUCAUAUCGUCUUAACAAUGAGUACCGACGGUAAAGUCUCAUUUUGGGACGCCGAUACGUAUAAUAUGUUACAUCAAUCGACUAUUCAUCAAAAUGGUAUCAAUUGCUGCGAUUACAAGCUGCUGGAAAACCAUAAUUUAAUUUUGACCACCGGAGGAGACGAUACCGGUGUUGUUUUUACCUUAUUUCAAAAAUCAAAAUCCGGAAUAUCUGUGAUAGAUCAAUGUAGAAAUGAGAUCACUCACGAAGCUCAAGUAUCAGGACUUGGGAUUGUGAAUGAUCACGUAGUCACUUCAGGUGGUGAUCAAAAAGUGGUACUAUGGAGAUGGUGUAUUAAGAAUGACCGAAUCAGUAUGGAGUUGAUCGCAGUUUAUCAUUCUUUGAUUGCUGACAUUCAUGGACUUGAUAUUAAUUGUAUUGCUGAAAAUCAGUUGGAAGUUUGCGUUUAUGGAGCUGGAAUGGAAAUUGUUAAAAUGAGUUUACCAGAAAAAAGCAAAUAAUUAAAUUCAAAAUUCGCUGCUCAAAAUUUCUAAGACUGAUGUAUAUCGUUUAAGUUACCUGGUUGAAUGAUUAGUCAGAAAAUAUGAAAGAUUUCGAAGAUUUUUAAAGAUUCUUUUACUUUUUAGGAAAUAACUCCUCUUUUUUUGUCUCCCAAAAAAAGCUAGCGUUUAUUUUUUGAAAUGAAAGAAUCGGUUUUUCUUGAUAAAUCUGGCUAAAGUCCGUUAUAUUGUUGAUUUUUACGUGCUUUUUUUAUUGCGCCAUAUUUUUUUACUUUUUUUUAUGGAGAAUUUAUUUUUAAAUGUGAUAUUUAUCGUAAUUUAACGUCAUUUUCAAUUGUUUCUUAUUGUUUUUUUUUAUAUUACCUGAUAAUUCAUUAUUAACGUGAAUUUAUUCGUUUUUUAAUACAUUUUAUAACAUUAA